AUGAGCUGUCAAUAAGACAAAACGAACAAGGGGGAAAAAACUGGAGAGGCUAUCUACAUUCUAAAAGGGUCUAAUGGAUUAAGACAAUAAAAUGACGCUAUCCAGAAAUUCUGUAGCCUUUAGUUACUGUUGCAGGAUUAAUGCAUAGCGACACAAUAAUUGAUCUCAGGUCGACACUCAAGUGCCUACUAAACCACAAAGAAAGUACGAAGACAUAGCAGAAGUGUCCGGCCGAUACAGGCAUAUGCGACGAGCUUCAGGUGAGUGGUGAUGGAGCAGAGAGAGUGGGCAGUGGUGGCUGGGAGCUUUGCUGGGUUCCAGCUGCUGUUCUCUGUGGUCAGCCCGCGCGUCUCCCCGGCCCUGGCCUCUGGAUUCAGCUGCCUGGCCCCGGGCAAGCUCACAGAGUGGAACUCCAGGUUGGUGUCUACCGCCCAUGCGCUGAUAGUGGGACUCUUCUGUCUCUACAUCCUGUGGUUUGAUGACGCAGUCAACGCGGACCCAGUCUGGGGGGACCCCAGCCUCGUUAAGCUCAAUGUGGCUAUAACCUGCGGCUACCUCCUCUACGACCUCCUGCUGCUGGCCUGCCACUGGAGCACCAUGGGAGAUGGCUUUUUCGUCUGUCACCACUUGGCGGCACUCUAUGCUUACGGAUACGUCCUGAGCCGGGGAGUGCUGCCCUAUUUCGCCAAUUUCCGUCUCAUUUCUGAGCUGUCCACCCCAUUUGUCAACCAGAGAUGGUUUUUCCAGGCCCUCUCUUACCCACGCUCAGGUAACCUGGCGGUGGCCAACGGAGUCGCCAUGACGCUAGCAUUCUUCCUGGUGCGGAUCGCCGUGAUUCCCUCCUACUACUCCAAGGUAGCAGCCACCUUCGGGACGCCCGCCUUCGUCCGGCUGGGGCUCGGCCCGCAGGUGGCCUGGAUCCUCUCCAGUGUCAGCCUGGACGUCCUCAACCUCAUCUGGAUGUACAGAAUCUCCAGGGGCUUGUGCAAGGUCCUGGGGCAGGCGCUGGGGAAAGCCAAGGACUGCUGCUCGGAGGAGCAGAACCACGUCCCCAAAUCUCACGACAACAGCCACUCAGACUGAGGGCCGGGAGGGGCCAGCCAGGCACUUCCUGUCUGUUUCUGCUGAGAUGGGAAGUGAUCACUGGGGCACGUCCUGUCUGUUUCUGCUGAGAUGGGAAGUGAUUACUGGGGCACUUCCUGUCUGUUUCUACUGAGAUGGGAAGUGAUCACUGGGGCACUUCCUGUCUGUAUUAUGAUCUGUUCUUCUAACCACUGUGGAUGGAGAUGAUGGGAGAUAUCAUCAUGUGCUGCACACCAGCCUUCUUUUUAGCCGUACCAGCCAAAGGCCAAAUCAAUUCAGACUGAUAGUGAUUUUGCUCCAAGCCUAAUCAACACCUUCACUCAAUACCUUCUACUCAACACCUUCUACUCAACACUUUCACUCAAUACCUUUUACUCAACACCUUCACUCGACAUGUUCACUCAACACUUUUACUCGACACCUUUCACGCAAAACCUUCACUCAAGACCCUCAUCCACACACUGCCUGCUUAUUCACUCCCCUAUCAGAUCUCCCCUGAGAAGAACGACGCUGGAGAGAGAUUCCUGCUGCUUACAGAAGGACCUCAGCCACUCAGUACGCUACUUCAGAGACUCCUGAGUGUCUUUUGUACAGAUGCCUUGACCCCUGCAUGUGAAAAGCUCCUUGUGUCUGCCAAUCACACACGUACAGCACAACCAGCCCACCUCUGCCCAGACCCCCGGCCCCACAGCACGCCUGAGCCAUGGGAAAGAAAAAUCAGUGAACUCCAGAGACGUGGAAAAAUGUGAUACUUUGCAGCCCAUUUCAUAAGAAUAGCAGGGAUGGAGGGGUGUACUUCAUACCUUACAGUAUUUGGGGGUUUUUUUGUUGCAUUGAUUCACAAAAGGAAAAAGGCACAGUAACUGCCUCUGGAUGUGUGAAUGUACCUGCUCUUCUGCAUAUCUGCAACCUUUCAGAAUCGCUUCUGAUGACGAGGCUCUUGAUGGGUUUUUCAUACGUUCCUUACAAUUAGAAGCUUGAUAUUUCCACCAGAAAUACACAGUCAGAUGUGGUUGUACCCAACAGAAGAAAAGAAAAAUAGAAUAUUUGUCUUUGGUGUUAGUUUUCAGCUGCAGGAAAGUGGAAGGUCCCACUCAUGUAAUAGGAACAGGUCAGGGGCGAUUGAAGGUCCCACUCAUUUAAUAGGAACAGGUCAGAGGAGAUUGAAGGUCCCACUCAUGUAAUAGGAAUGGGUCAGAGGAGAUUGAAGGUCCCACUCAUGUAAUAGGAACAGGUCAGGGUAGAUUGAAGGUCCCACUCAUGUAAUAGGAACAGGUCAGAGGAGAUUGAAGGUCCCACUCAUUUAAUAGGAACAGGUCAGGGUAGAUUGAAGGUCCCACUCAUGUAAUAGGAAUGGGUCAGAGGAGAUUGAAGGUCCCACUCAUGUAAUAGGAACAGGUCAGAGGAGAUUGAAGGUCCCACUCAUGUAAUAGGAACAGGUCAGAGGAGAUUGAAGGAGAAUAACAUUGACCUGCUAUGGUGAAUUACCCUUAACAUCUUUUCAGGAAAGUUAGUUUAACCCACCCCCCUUCCAAAAAAAGUGAUGUUGGAGUUUUGAACAUCACAAGCCUUCCUGGAUCUGAAGUGGAUUUGCCAUGGGGAGCAGUGUGAUCAUACAUAUAUUUUAUUGUCAUAUUUCUUGUUUGCUUCUAAUUAAUGGUACGAAACAUGGGCGUUGUUACGAAUGUUUGGUUACUCUGUUUUGGUCAUUACGAAUGAUUGGUUACUCGGUUUUAGUCUUGUUUACUUGAUGCCGUUCAGAUGAAUAAAUUACUGAUCAUCAUGUCCAGUAUUCAGCAGAACAUGGAUGUCUGAUGACCGGGAAAUUUCCAGAGCGGCUUUUACCUUACAUUAUGGGCAUUUACCAGACGCUCUUAAUCCAGAGCAACGUACACACAGAGUGAAUUUGGAGAAUCAGCAGGAUUUUCCUUUGGCCAUUAUUCCUAUGGGCUGACCCUCUAAACCCUGACCUGCCAGUGGUCUUGUGCCUUGACACGAAUAGGAGCUUGAAUGCAUGCAAGCAGAGAUUAAAAUGUAUUUUAUAAACAGGUGAUAUUGUCGUGGUUAACAGUUUGUACGGUUUACUGUUUUCUAAGUAUGUAGUAAAGGACUGCCAGUAUUGUCUUUUUGAAGAUUUUGAAUGCUCAUUUUUUGCCAGUAAGUCAAAAAGAAAACGAUUGAAACAUGCUAUGAGCAGCUACACCUAAACUCGAGGGAAGUCACCAAAGCAAAUUUCUUUGGGAAUUGAAUGCUUGAGUUAGUAGUUUUACUCCGGACAGUUCACGAGAGUUCAAGAAAGUUUUCUGAAAAGCUAAUCAUUUUCUCUACUGCUGAAACUAAGGUGAAGACACAUGGUUCACAAAAUCAGCUCAGUUUUUAAUGAGUGAAAGACAAAACCCCAGUCAGUUCUUGUAGAAAUAUUAUUAUAGGAUUCAGAAGUGUCAAACUCUAUGCCUGAAGGGCAAUAUGGAGAACUGUAUGUGGGUCUUUGCUUCAGUAUCUGCUCUUCAUUUCCCACUCAGAAUACCCAAUUGCAUGUCUGGUUUGGCAUUUAUUUGUUUAUGAAUUUUGAUUAAAAACAAUUGUCUUGAAAUAUAAAUAACUUAUCCCGUAUUUUGUGUGAGUAGAGCAUAAAUUAUAUAUAAUGAAAUAAUUUGACCAAUUAAGCCAGUGUACAUACUGAAAGUCCAGUAAAAAUAUAACAUAACAUAAGCCCUAAAGGAGCUGAGUUUGACACUUUUGUCAUACUGUAUGAGAGCCUGUGUCCCUGACUGAGCUCAAAUCCAGACUGCUCAUGGACCAGAUGUACUAGUCAUAGUCAAAAUGGUGGCCUGAAUGCUGAUUAUAAAAAAGUUUUUAAGGGGUACGUCUAUUAUUAUCAUUGAUGUAUAUGGUUUAUCCUGAAUUUGUAUAAGAAAUAUGUCAAAUGACAGCAACAUUCUCAGUAUUUAUUCCAUUCUAACAGUUUAUGUAUUAGUCCACUAGGGACCAAAAUGUAAAAGUCACUCAAUUACAGGUGACUUUGUACUUAAUGUUUUGCUGCAUGCAUAAAAACUGGAAAGGAAAAAGGACAUUCUUUUCAGUACAGAUCUAAAGCAAUAUGGCACAGGAAUUUAGUUUCAAAGCCACAUAUUGAAAAGUAAUGCUAUGUGUACAAAUGCAUUGUAUGUGCACUUCUUUUAGUUAGAAAAAAACAUACAUAUUUUUUUGUGUAUGUUUAAUGGGUACGGUGGUGCCCAGAUGCAUGAAAACCCUAUGAUAUUUCAGUGUUGUGGCAUGUCUGUUAUUUCACAGGAGAGGGAAGGAUGUUUGGCUUCUACAUGUGAGCUGUUCUAAAGCCAGGAGGGGUGCCCUGGAUAAACAUGAUAAGCAGUGCUGUUUGUGUUUGAGGUUUUGCUAGUGAAAGGGAAACUUAAAGCUUUGCCUGGGCGUUGUGAAUUCUCACAUAUCUUCACUGUUCUACACAGGUCAUCAUAACUGAAAUUAAUGCUAUAAUAAGAUGAAUAUUAGGUGCCAUAUGUGAGCUGGAGAAAAAUAUAUACAGUAUGUCUGAUAUCAAGUUUCCCCAGGACAUCCCUCGAAUAGAAAUCAAUAGGUUCCCUUUGAUUAGAUUUUUGAUGUAUUUAUCAAGUUCCUUUAUUCAUUGUACUGUAUGUGAAAGGAACACCAUGACUUACUCAGUCCCAAAACAAAAUCAUACCGACUGUUGCAAACAUCUACUAACACUUUACCGGUAGAAAUCAAAGGGGAGACUUACUUGAAAGUACUGUGACUUGUUACAUUCAAAGACAGAGUUUUGUAUUAAAGUGUGAUACAAGCCAGGAUAAGAACAAUUUCAUCAUCUACUCUUUUUGACAGGUUUGUCUAAUCGAACAUCUGUCAGGGCUGUUAUAUUUCCAUUGCAAUGUCUGAAACUUUUUUUUAGUUUCUAUGUGAAUGACAUUUUUUUAGCCUACACUCUCUUUUUUCUAGCCUGCAUUUUUAUAAAACAUCUCUAAACCCA